AUGUCUGACGGGGAGCAGAAUUUGUGGGUGCUGCAGCGGGCGCUGCCAGAGGGGACAGUGAAGGGCCUGGAGCAGAAUUUGUGGGUGCUGCAGCGGGCGCUGCCAGAGGGGACACGGGCGCUGCCAGAGGGGACAGUGAAGGGCCUCAGCAGCAGCGAGGGGUGGGUGCUGCAGCGGGCGCUGCCAGAGGGGACAGUGAAGGGCCUCAGCAGCAGCGAGGGGCAGCAGCGCUCUGCUGCUGCUGCUGCUGCUGCUGCUGCUGCUGUUGGUGCUGGUGCUGCUGGUGCUGGUGUUGGUGCUGGUGCUGCAGCAGAGGGUGGCGGUAGCAUCGCCCGACAGCAACAACUACAGCAACAGCAACAACAACAACAGACCACAGCAGCAGCAACAGCAGCAGCAGCAGCAGCAGCAGCAGCAGCAGCAGAAGGAGCAGCAGGAUUCAGCAUCAGCGAUGCACAAAGGUUUAGGUUGUUUCCUUCUGCUGCACUGCAGACGCCUGUCUCUCUAAAUAAGUUUAUACACGGGGGCAUCACCUGGCAGCUAGAAGAGGGGCUGCUUGGAGACACCAGCAGCAGCAGCAGCAGCAGCAGCAGCAGCAGCAGCAGCGAGCAGCAGCUGCAGCAGCAGCAACUGCUACUCGAUCUAUCCAAAACCUCACAAACAACAGCAGCAACAGGGCAGCUAGAAGAGGGGCUGCUUGGAGACACCAGCAGCAGCAGCAGCAGCAGCAGCAGCAGCAGCAGCGAGCAGCAGCUGCAGCAGCAGCAACUGCUACUUGAUCUAUCCAAAACCUCACCAACUGCAGCAACAGCAGCAGCAGCAACAGCAGCAGCAGCAACUGGGGAGGGACAUCUACAUGCCUCCGUCUCAUCUCUUUCUCCUUGCAGCAGCAGCAGCAGCAGCAGCAGCAGCAGCAGCAGGAGCAGCAGCAGGAGGAGCUGCAUGAGUUUAUGUUGUCCCUUAUCUACAAGGACCUGGGUCUCUGCCGAGGGCAGCAUCGGCGUUGUGCUGCGGUUCAGAGACAGCAGCACCUUCGCGCAGCUCGCACUCAUACAACACGCACUCGCAGAUAUCACACACCCUCUAGGCGCUCGCACUGGCAGCCCUGGUUGCGGUGUGGGGCUGGACGGGUACCGGGCGCAUGCAAAGGGCUUCAUCGAUGGCGACCUGCUGGAGCAGCUGCUGCUGCUGAGGCCCAAGCAGCAGCGCGAGGUUUAUAAGCUAGCUAGAGUGUGA